AUGAUACAAGACAAUGAUUUAAGAUUUGAUAUAGACAGCGAACGAUACUAUUUGACUCAAAACUAUGUAUUAGAAAAACUUGGAACGGAUUUGAAAAUGGUUGCAUAUGAUGAAUUGGAUGCAAGACAAUCAACUCUACCACAAAGAACAAUCGAGUAUGCUUGUGAUAAAUUGUGGGAUUUCAUACAAGACAAUGCAGUAAAUCCACGAAGUUCAAGAUAUGCAACAACAAAGUUCAAAGAUAUGCACAAUGCGAUUAAAAGAGCAUUAGGAUAUGAAUUGUUAGAUUUUAUACAAUACGGAGAAGAUGAAGAACAUCCAAUAAGCAAGAGAGCGGUUAAAACAUUGAAUGGUGCAGGGUUAUUCCACAUUAUUGUGAGAGAUAUACCAGAAGUGGAGAAUUGGUUUGCAAUUGUGAGUGAUGAUAACUUGGAAAUUCAAAGCAACAACUAUAUGAAAGGUUAUACAGGUGCAAUGCAAAUCAAGACAAAAUCAACAAUAUGUUUUAAGCCUGAGGAUGUAGUUGUUAUUCGAGGAUAUAGAUACACGAUAUUGAAUGUUGAUGGAAAUCGUAAAGAAGAGGGAGAGCAAGCACAAGCAAGCGUUUUUGUGGACAAAGAGAUAGUUGGCGAAGAAAUAAUCAACGGAAACAAGCAAAGCCGAAAUUUGACCGAUAUUAAGUCAAUUUUGUAUGGUGUGGUGCAAAGUUACAACGGAAAAACAACAACAACUAGUAUUGGUGGCAAAAACUAUGACACAACAAUAACAUUUGGAAGUAUUGUUGAUGGUUUGGAAACAAGCAUUGGGGACAUUGAUGAUGGAAUAUGGAUAAAUGUUGAUAUAAACUUUGUAUUCUUUGAGAACGGAGUAAAUACAAACGAUUGCCAUAUCAUUAUUGAUGGAGAAGAUGUGUUCUUUACUAGAUGUGUUAUAUCAAGAAUAAAAACAACGGAUAAUUCACACUUUGUUGGGGAAGAUGGAAGUAAGGCUUAUGUAUUGACAAGUGGAAGAAGUAUUGACUUAGUUAUUCCUGCAUUAAACACUCAAUUUGGGCAAGAUGUGAUGGAAGAUGUUUUAGGGAACAAUAUAAACAAUAAACACCUAGUUGUUGUUGAUACUCCGCUGGAUAGUGUGGUAUAUGAAAUGAUUAUAGGGAAUUCUAGUGCAAAUAUGGAUAAUAGUGCGAAUGUAGGGUUUAAUGUAUCAUUAGUAGAAGCGAGUGAAAUUUGUAAGUUCAAAGAUGGAUAUUUUAAUGAUUGGACACCUUAUGUAGUUUAUACACAGCCACAAGAAUGGCAAGACACUAUAUAUGAAGAUGGAGGUAAAGAUAUUAGAAUUUUCUAUGUAGAGGAAAGUGCAAUCAGACCUGAAAUGGUUGGUAAAUGUACAUUAGCAAAUCCUAUAAGGAAUGAGAAAGUAAAAAAUCCAACAAUACACGAUUUUAGUGAGCUGGUAGAUAGUAGAGAAACAUCUAUUACAAUGAGAUAUAAAUAUAUAUGGAUAUGGCAUUCACUUAUGGAGUUUGGUGCAAUGAGGCAGUUUGUUGCGGUUGGAAACCAAAUAACAAUUCCAUCACUUGUAGAUUUGGAAAGUGAAUACAGAAAUGAUACGGGAGAUAGAGGACAUAUUGGACAAGGUGGGUAUGUUCAAGCACAAAAUGUAACAUACAAAUAUAAACUAGAAGUAUAUGAAAAUGGAGUAUUAGUUGCAUCAACCGACAAUCCAAAUAACACAUUGAAUUAUACACCACAAAAGGCUGGUGCGAUUACAAUUAGUUGGAAAGGAUAUGUUAAUGCUACAUUGGGGGCAGGUAUGGAAGCAUCAGCAGUAUUGACCGCAUAUUCGCAAACAGAAACCGAAGUUGCAGAUAUAACAAUAACUGAUGCAGUGAAUAAGUUGUUGCAAGUUGCUGAAACAUUAAGAGUGAGUGAAAUACCAAGAUAUCAUUUUAACGAAGAACAAGCAACACGAUAUUCAAGUGUGAUAUGCCCUGAAAUGAACUUUAAUGGCAGUUUGUGGGAGUGUUUGAAACAAAUUGGAGAUGUUAUUCAUUCAGUGCCACGAUUAAGAUAUGAUGAGAUAUAUUUUGAUGAAUUUGGGCUUGAAGAUAAAUUAGAAGAAGAUAUAUCAACAAAAUGUAUAAGUGAUACACAAACAUUCAGUGUUGAUAACUUUGCGAGUGCUUUGGAUAGUGUUGUUCAAAAUAUAGUAAAUACUGACAAUGAAGAAAGUGGGGCAAUACAAGAGCCAUUUUCAAAUGGAUAUAUUACACCAAGAGCUGAAUAUGGAGAGGUUAUUGUUACUGACACAAAUUGUUUUAUACCAACGAAAUAUCCUAUUGAAAAGAUUAUAAAACUAGAAUGUGGAUAUAGUCAAAACAAUAAUAUUGGUGGGGAUAUCACAACAUUUGUGUAUGAACAAACCGAAUACAACAAUUUAACAAGUUAUGGUGCAAGUAUAAAUUCAAAAGCCUAUGCGAUAUAUUAUAAGCAAGGACAAAAAAACAUAUAUGGAAUGAAUUAUAGACAACCAUACCAAACAAGUGUUGAACAAUUAGUGGAACAUCCAUUUUCAAUAAGGAAUAUUUUGAAAUAUAAGACAGGGACAAGCGAUUUUGACAAUAUAGACAUAAGAGAUUUGCAAUUUAGGAUAACAUAUAUACCACAAACAACAAUUCGUGCAAGACAAUACAAAGUAGAUGUUGAAGAUAUACAAUCGAACACGAUAGCAUACAAUCAGAGUGCAAACAAGAUUAGUUCCAUAGCAUAUGGAGAAGCAAUGAAAGGUGCUAUUGCAAAAUUAGGGAAUCCAGAAAGGACACUUGUAUUCAUAUUGAAUGAUGUUGAUUUAAUAAACAAAAUCAAGUGUGGAAUAAAGUAUGAUGAUGAGUAUUAUAUAUCAGUUGUGAAAAUUGAAUGGUAUAAAGAUUUUGCAAAGGUAAGCAUUGGGCUUAGCAAAGGGUUUAAUGCUAUAAGUGAAUAUGUUGGUAUUAAAAAUGAGUUAAGACAUUAUGAGGUUACAACUGAAACUCAAAAUGCAUAUACUGUGUAUGGAGAUUUUGUUGUUAUUGGGAACGAAAUUGAGAGCAGUGAACAAACAUUUCAAGCUGAUGUUCCAUUGUUGUCAAAAAUAACAUAUCCAAUAUAUCCAUCAUUCGAAAGUGCAAAACCUGAUUGUGUUGUUGUAACUUGUUAUGAAAACCAAGAAAAUCCUGUAAAGACAGGGACUGCAUUGUUGCCAAUACAAACAUAUACAAUUGGGAAAUUCGUAACAAAUGUUGGUGGUGGGAAAGUUCAACAAGAUUUAACAUAUGGAGAUGUGUUUGGGAAUGUCAACAAUAUUCAAAUAGAAUUUGCGAGAGUGAAUGAUGAAGUGUGGGAUGCGGACAAUUGGAGAUAUAUUGACCAAAUAGGAAGUUUUGACCAAGCGGUUGGAUAUGGGAGAAUGUUGCCAAAUAGUAAAGAGGUUAAAAUAAGAGAUUACAUCAACAUAUUUUUGAGUGGGAAUGUAUCAAAGGUAAACGAAACUGCAAAAGAUAUUGAAUUGUCUAUGGAUGACACAACAUACAUUUUGACUGCAAAAUUGAAAGACAAAAAUGGUGUUGUAUUAAGCACUCAAACAAUAGACUUGCCACUUGAAGAAAUGAUAAUAAGUGCAGAAUAUGACAAAACGACAAAAGAAAUUGUAUUGACAUUGAAAAGUGGACAAACAACAAGAAUAUCAGUUGCUGAUUUGGUUAGUGGGUUAGUAUCAACAACUGAAUUUAAUCAAGCUAUUCAAGAUGUGCGAGAUGCUAUUCCAACAAAAACAAGUGAGUUAGAAAACGAUAGUGGGUUUAUCACGAUUGAAGAUGUGCCUAGUGCAAAGCUAUACCAGGAGUUUGGCCAAAACACUGAUGGGGCAAUAAGUCAAAAGGUUGUAACUGACAAGAUAAAUGAAAUCCAAUUAUACAAAUUCCCAAAUGCUGUUAUUCGUGGAGAGCCAACCAUAAACAAUGGACAAAUAAGUGGUUUUACAACAUCAAAUUAUUUAAUGUUUCCAUUUAUUUUAGAUGUUAGAGAUAGACCAUUCCAAGUAGAUUUUUGUUUUACAACAGGGAAUAAUGUUACAACACAGCAAAAUGUGUUAGACAGUAGAUUUGGGAUUGCUCUUGCUAUUAAAGAUGGAAAGGGGUUAAUGGCCAUAAGCAACAAUGGUAUAAAUUGGGCAAGUCAAGGCGUUGGGACUAUGGCAAUUCAACCAAAUACAACAUACUAUGCAAGAUUGAGUUGGAAUAGAUUGGUAUAUAAAACACAAUUAUCAACGGAUGGAGUAAACUAUAUUGAUGAUAUGUCAGUAGUCAAUGCAACGAAGCCAUAUCCUGUAACAAUGUUUAUUGGUGGUGGGAAUUUUGAAGAAUUAGGGCAUACACCAACAGUAUUUGGUGGCUCAAUAGAUUUAAACAAAGCAUACUUGUAUGUUGAUGGACAAUUGAUAUGGCAAGGUAUGGAUGAUGUAGGGCUAUCUUCAAGAGCAGAUGUGUCGCUGAGCAAUUUGGAUGAAGAUGGUAUCCAAGUUAUAAAAACCAACGGUGGAACUGAUGUAAAAGUCAACAAUGUUAAACAAGCUGAAAUAAAUUUCACAUCAGACCCUCAAACACAACUAAACGAAUGUGUAACUCACGAAGAUGUUGGAACAACACAAGAGGCACUUGUUGAUAGUAACGGGCAACAGUUCCAACCCGCAAAAGAGGGAGAGAGUUACACAAAAGAACAAUCUAUUGAAGUCAAAGCAGGAGCACAAUACGAUGCGAAUGUACAAUAUGAUGCAAGUUUAACGCUGAUUAGAGAUGGGGCAAAUCUUCCAACAACAUCAUCAAAUCAAUACGGUGCUUUGUUGACUCUCCCUUAUAGAAAGGCACGAGGGAAUACUACACCAGACUUUGCUGGGCAGAUAUUUCUUCCAAACGGAGAUGAUACUAUAAAUCCAAAUUCUAUGUUUUAUAGAACAGGUAAUAGAAACGCUUGGAACAAAUGGAACGAAAUUCAAACAAAAAAGACUUGGCAAGUUGGGUAUAACUCUUCUAGCAGUAGUAGAGGUUGGUAUAAGUUCUUAACAUUUAAUUGGGAUGGGCGUAACAACUAUGCAAACUACGAUAUGCACAUAUUAGUUAGUUCAACUUAUGGCAAUCCUUUCUCAGGAAUAUUGCACUUAAAUCCUAGAUGGGAUACUAAUGCUUUGGCAUCAGGUAUGUGGGUUGAAUGGGAUUGGAUAGGCGGAGAUAAACAAUUUACAGCAGACAGCGUCAAGGUUGUUAGAAGUGCCAAUAAAGUAGAGUGUUAUAUUUAUCAACCUAUCAAUGAUGGCUGGCAUUUCAUAGCUUUUUCAAUUCUUCACGAAAGCGGAAGAUUGUCUGCAAUGGGAAUAAGUUAUGAAUUUGCUACAGUAGAUACUGCUCCUUUAUCUAGCGUUUCAAAUGUGUGGAUAACUUCAACUAAGGCUGGAGAUGGUGCAAACUAUCAGUUAGAUACUGAAGUUAUGACAAACACAAAGUGGAUUGAUGGUAAACCAAUUUAUAAAUUGACAAAAUAUUUUUGA